CUGUACAAUACGCGAUCAAUUAUAACUGCGCUUGCCAUCAAUAUACAGCUGCACAACCAAAUCACUUCAGCUUUCCGCACCUAAUUACACGUAUACCAUCUACCAAGAACAACCAUGUCGCAGUUCAAAGUCGCAAUUUACAUUUACAAGGAUGCCGACCUCCUAGAUUUCUCAGGACCGGCUGAGAUUUAUUGCCACCAUCAUGAUAUGGAUAGAAGCAAGCCGGCUCCCUUCUCAGUCACUUCUUUCGCCCACACGAGCCCCGUCACGUCUGCCUCCAGCGCUAUGGUUUACGUCCCCAACACUACUUUUGCGGACGUCUCCAAUCGUAUUGAAGACUAUGACAUUCUCGUCAUUCCAGGUGCUCAUGAUGAAACCAUCAAAAGAUUCAUCAGUAGUAAAGAUGGGAAAGAGCUAGGUGAACUGAUCCGGAAAUUUGUGACUCUGAAGCCAAGAAAAGAAACGGGAAAGAGGUUUCUACAGUCGGUGUGCACUGGAGGUCUCAUCCUCGCAGCUUCCGGAGUACUUGCUGGUCGCAUCGUAACGACACACCACUUGUCUCUCGACUUGCAGAAGAAGCUCGCCGACGAGGCGGCGGGCGGGGAUUCAAAAGUCACCGUCGUUAGGCAACGAUGGUCUGAUGCUGGAACUACAGAUGCUGGUGUGCGCAUCAUAACAGCUGGAGGAGUCAGCUCGGGAAUUGAUACUUCUCUAUGGAUUGUCGGACAGUGCCAUGGACAGAAGGCGGCUGAGAUGGUUUCAGAGAUCUCUGAGUUUGAGUUGAGGUCAACAGCAUGGGGAACGGCACUAUGAUCAACAGUAUCAGGAUAGAAUCAUGCGACAGGUCGUAUGUGAUUGCAAUCAUGUCCGUUGGGAGGUUAGCCAUGAUGAGGCCUUAGAAACGAAUAUGAAGUCGUCCC